CGCGUAGCGCCGAAAGGGGUUGACACGGGCGGGAGUAGCCUACGUGGGGUGAUGAGAAAAUUAAAUUCAAAAGGGGAGGACACGUCACACCGCUAAUGUCUGACAGAUUCGCAAUUACAGAUCCGUCCUUAGCCAGUCUUCAAAUAGAGUUCCGAACGCGCGGGACUCUGACAGCCGCUCCUGAUCACGACGGCAUCACACGAGCGUAGCCUAUUAUUGACAGAAAUCACAUUAAGUGCAACUGUCAUUGACCGUUUUAGAUUUUAAAUUCGGGAACAAUAUGGCAAAAGGGGAGGGAGCCGAACAGUAUUCCGCUACAAGUUUACUACAAAAUAAACCAAGCAGUCAAGCUGAGACGAAAUCAUCUGAAAAGCGGCGGGACCGGAGGAAGCAUCUCUCCGUGUGCAAUAAGCUGUGCUACGCUAUCGGCGGCGCUCCCUACCAGAUCACUGGCAGCGCGCUGGGCUUCUUCCUCCAGAUCUACCUGCUGGACGUGGCUCAGUUGGACCCAUUCUACGCCUCCAUCAUCCUGUUUGUAGGACGGGCGUGGGAUGCUGUGACCGACCCAACUGUGGGGUUCCUCGUCAGCCGUACCCCCUGGACACGAUGGGGGAGGAUGAUGCCUUGGAUAGUUCUGUCCACCCCCCUGGCGGUGCUGUGUUACGUGCUGGUCUGGUACGUGCCCCCCUUCCAGCAGGGGAAGGCCGUCUGGUACCUCGUCUUCUGCUGCUUGUUCCAGUCCCUGCAGACGUGCUUCCACGUGCCCUACUCUGCCCUGACCAUGUUCAUCAGCUCUGAACAGAGAGAGCGAGAUUCGGCCACAGCCUACCGUAUGACAGUCGAGGUUUUGGGCACAGUGCUUGGGACCGCGAUUCAGGGACAGAUUGUGGGCGGGGCUGGUUCCUCCUGUAUCCCGGGAGAUUUGCAUGCAGUGGGCGGGGCCAAUUCAACUCUGGCGCCGCUCGAACCCAAGGCCAACAACUCCCAGGUGUCUCUGCACGAAACGAAACAGGCCUAUCUGAUCGCGUCCGGGGUGAUUUGCGCGGUCUACGUCCUGUGCGCCCUCAUUUUGGUCCUGGGAGUCAAGGAGAGAAAAGGUUCAGCGCCGCUGAAGGUGGGGCAGUCCAUGUCGUUCUGCGAGGGCCUGCGGCUGGUGUUAGGCCACGCCCCCUAUGCUCGGCUGGUCAUGGGCUUCCUCUUCACUUCGCUGGCCUUCACCAUGUUGGAGGGGAACUUGGCCCUGUUCUGCACCUACACUCUGGGCUUGAGAAAUGACUUCCAGAACAUUCUACUGCUCAUUAUGCUGUCCGCGACCCUGACCAUCCCCUUCUGGCAGUGGUUCCUGACCCGAUUCGGCAAGAAGACCACCGUUUACGUCGGAAUCUCGUGGGCAGUCCCCUUCAUGAUCGUGCUGUUUUGUAUGAAUGGUAACCUGAUAGUAGCCUAUGUGGCAGCCAUCGGUUCCGGUGCCAGUGUGGCAGCUGCUUUCUUCCUGCCCUGGUCGAUGCUCCCGGACGUUGUGGACGAUUUUAAGCUGAAGAACCCUGACUCCAAUGGCCAUGAGGCCAUCUUCUACUCCUUCUACGUCUUCUUCACCAAGUUCGCUUCCGGGGUGUCCUUGGGAAUCUCCACCCUUAGCCUGGAUUUUGCGGGGUAUGUCACUCGCGGAUGCUCGCAGCCUGAGGCGGUGGAUUUAACCCUGCGGAUGCUGGUUUCUCCCGUGCCCAUCGCUCUGAUCGUCAUAGGGCUCCUCAUAUUCAGGACGUAUCCCAUCGACGAGGCGGCGCGUCAGGGCAACCGCAAACUGCUGCAGGAGCUGAGUCACAGAGAGGACAUGGAGGCAUCAUCAGACUCCAGUUUGUGAGGAACCGGGAACACAACAUGGAGGGGGGGAGGGAGUGUUUUUUUUUUUGGGGGGGG